CACAAACUUUGAAUCGGUAUUUCGAGUUAUCGGAUGGAUUCACGAAACCCAAAAGUUGGCCGGUUCAGAAUGAGCAACUUUUCCACAUCUUAAAAGACUUGAUGGGUAUCCAAAUCUUCAAUGAUGCCAUUCUGCCUUAAAAAACCUCGGAAUACAAGUCUGUUGGCUGGGCUGCGCCCCAAGAACUCGAACGGUUUUAUCUUUACAAGAGACAUCCCCUCCUCUGUGGCAUAAUCGCUUUCAAUCUCACACUUUGGCAGCAGGAUUAUGGAAUGACCGUGGCAAAUGGCAUGGGAACGGCGAUUUUCCCUGCGCAUUUCUACAACGCUCUACGACAGAAGCAGAAUGGAAUUGCUCCAUGGCCCAUAAUGGAGGAGCUCAUAGCCAUUCACGGCGAGAACCGUCUGUUCCUUGGAUCGAAGCCAACUACAAUCAUGGACUCCUACAAACAAAUCGUCCUUACGCUAGGCCAUUCUGUGGCGGACUUCAGCGCCAACCUCAGAAAAAGGAAAUUGAGACCAUCGAAGAACGGUCCUCGAGGCCUUAAAGAGAGUUCGCCCCUCUCGGAGAUAUUUCGUCAAAAUUGGACCGUAGAAGGUAACGUAGUUAUUGAUAAGAGUGCAUUGACACUGCACAGAGUGGAAGCACUUCUCACCGAACAAGCUCUUGAUGAGGAGAUUGCCGGUAAUCCAGUCAGCAAGAGAGUACGUCACAAAAUGGCUGUUUCUAAACAAUUAUCUCCGCUGGAUCUAUUGGAUGCCUUAAUGGUUUCGAUCCCACGAGAACUUCCGAAACUCCAAUACGAUUACUUCGAGUUGCACAGACAGAGUAUAGGGGUUCUGCGAAAGGUGUGUGCUGAGAUGGACGAGGAUUUCAAAAGGUACAUUGGGGAAGGGUAUCUUGAGAACGAAUCUCAGCUUCCAUUCCUAGGUCCUUACGAACAUGGGGACAAAAGUCCGUGCGUUCAGGCUGUAGAACCUCGAAAUUAA